GAUGUCAUCGAUCCGCGCCGCGCGUUCGCCGUUGCCUUCCACUCACUCGUCGCGCCAGCCCGGGAGGUGGGUCCCAGCCAUGGCUGCUGCGAACCCCUGGGACCCCGCGUCCGAGCCAAGUGCUGCCGGGCUACUGCUGGGCCAUUUCGUAGCUUCGGGGAUGGUCACUCAGGAGAUGUUAAAUAUAUCCAAGAAAUCAGCUUCUUACUUUGCGAACUUCUCCAGACUACAGCAAAUCACAAAUAUUCAAGCUGAAAUCUACCAGAAAAACCUGGAAAUUGAACUUUUAAAACUAGAAAAAGAUACAGCAGAUGUUGUUCAUCCUUCCUUUUUGGCUCAGAAGUGUCAUACUCUGCAAAGCAUGAAUAAUCAUUUGGAAGCAGUGCUAAAAGAGAAGAGGUCCCUCAGGCAAAGACUGUUGAAACCCACAUGCCAGGAAAACUUGCCUAUUGAAGCUGUUUAUCACAGCUACAUGGUACAUUUGCUGGAAUUGGCAGUAACUUUCAUUGAAAGAUUAGAAAGCCAUCUUGAAACAAUUAAAAAUAUCCCUCAUUUAGAUGAAAAUCUAAAGAAAAUGAGCUUGGCUUUAGCAAAAAUGGAUAUGUUAGUGACUGAGACAGAAGAACUGGCAGAGAAUAUACUCAAGUGGCGAGAACAACAAAAGGAAGUUUCCUCUUGUAUCCCUACAAUACUAGCAGAAGAUUAUCUUCAUAAACAUGAUGUUACCAUGUCUCUACCGUUUACUUCUAAAGUUCAUGUCCAAACUGUUAAUGCCAAGUGAUUGUCAACUGUUUAUUUUUGCCUAAUUCUAUGUAAUCAUGUGAAGUCUUUUUCUAGCCAGUUGUAAUAUGGGCAUUUAUAGGGCUCUGUUGCUAGCAGUACUGAGAGAGACCUCUAUAUUGAAGUACUAAGAUUCCAAGUUCAUUAAGACCAAAUUGAGUUUCCUUUGUUUUUCAUAUAUUUUCAUUCUACUUUUCAGUAAAACUCUUGAAAAUCAAAUAUAACUAUGACAGUUUAUUAACAUGAGUGCAUUAGCCAUAUCUCAGACAGCAGACUGUAUUAUGUCUUUUUUUUAAAUGCUUGUUUCUGAAUUAGAAGAGUCUUCUUGCAAGUGAAAGUAUGUCGAUUUUUCCUGUGGGAUAGUUACUAAGUGUAGAGAAAAAAGCAAAUAUAACAGGCCUGACUGUUGUCCUUUGAAAGGCUUGCUUACAAAGUUGGUCCUUGCCUGGCUUCUGGCAAUUUAGAUUUCACGAGGGUUCCUUCCCCUAUCACUGAUAAGAGUUGCUCACUAUGACUGAAGUAUUUGUACACUGGUUUGUGCUGAACACCUUUCCUUCUGGGAGUCAAGAAUUUUGGUACAUGCUAUGCAAAAGGUACCUAUGUGGCUAGCCCAUGAUAAUAACCCUGGGCACUGCAUUUCUAAUGAGCUUUCAUGAAAGACAUUUCACACAUGUUACACCUCAGUUGCUGCGGGAAUUAAAUAUAUCUUGUGUGACUCCACUGACAGAAGACUCUGGAAGCUUGUGCUUGGAUUCCCCUGGACUUUGUCCCUUAUACCUUUUCCCUUUGCUGUUUUACUUUGUAUGCUUUUGUUGUAAUAAAUCAUGGUCAUGGAUACAGUGAUAUGCUGAAUCCUGUGAGUCCUCAAAAAUAUCAAACCUCUGGGGGGACAGGGUCUUCAAAACCCUGAGACAUGAAGAAAAUCCUGAGGGUGUUCACUGGCAGCCUUACAAAUAGGCAAAGAAGAAAGGUAAAACAAAGAACAGAAAAAGGCACGUUAUAGUAAAACUUAGACGUUUACCUUACAAAAUGCUCAGGUAUUUUACCUGAGAUUAUUGUAUAUAUAAAAGAGAGCAGUACAUUGGGGCGCCUGGGUGGCUCAGUCAGUUUGAUCUUAGGAUCCUGAGAUUGAGCCCUGUGUCGGGCUCCAUGCUCAGUGAGGAGUCUGCUUGAGAUUCUCUCCCUCUCCUUCUGCCCCUCCCCUCUCUGUGCUCUCUCGCACUCUCUCUCUCAAAUAAAUAAAUAAAUCUUUCUUUUAAAAAAAAGUGGCAUAAUAACAGUUCCUAAUUCUAAGCCUCAGGGUGUAUCCAUUUGUAUCAGUGCUAUAACUACCUCUGGGUUAUUUUCAGACUUGGUGUUUUCUUCUGCUUUAAAAAAAUGGAAGCAUCGGUAUUUUUAUGUUGUUGCAUUCUGUCACCAGGGUUCACUGAUCCUUUUAUUCAUCACACUCCUUAACACAAGAAGACCUCAACACAGUGACUGAGUAAAGUAGUUGUCCAUAAAGAAGCAAGAACAUUACCAAAACACUGCCAGAGCAACCAGGGGUCAUGUUUUGAAGCCUCCUCUGCUGACUUUUGUAAAUUGGAUAUAGAAGAGUGGUCAUAAUAUCUUGAACAUGACCUAAUAUUGUCUAGUCAUUUAAACUAAGUUUUAGUUGUAUUUCAUCAGAUAUAUAUAUAUAGAUCUAUCUAUCUAUAGAUAUAUAUAUAUAUAUCUCAUGUCACAAAAAUUGAUAUCCCUGGUGGUUUUUUGUCUAGUAUGUUUUUUUCAAAAUAAAAAAAUAAACCUGUAAUUUCUAACUAAAA